AUGAACUGUGAGCGUCUCGCCAUCACAGGUAUGUUUACCUAUUUCGGGGAUAAGAUGUGAUGUAAUAUUGAAAUCGAGGAUUAAGUUGACCUCAGCGUGUGCAGCGUUGGACAGGCCGAGGACAUGAGUUCGUUCAGAUUGCAAUAUUGCCGUGGAAAAUACUUCUCUGUGAAGAUGAUUCAGUACAAUGACAUCUCACCGAUCCCCGUGCUCCCAGACUUUGGCAGUCUUCCGGCGGGAAACAAACAUUUUCAAGCAUUUUUAUCUGAGCAGUCUACGAGGGAUACAAAAGGCAAAUUGUCCGAAGUGGAACCCGGUCUCCGCAAAUGCAGCAGAUUCAGGCGUCUAAAGCAGCCUCAGCUUCGCUUGGAGGGGGGGGGGAGGGGAAUCGCGUAGAUGUAAGUUAUGAAAUUGGCGGAGGGGCGCUCAUCGGUCGUUCUUACGGAACUCACUCGUUCCGUUGUGCCUUACGGGCUCUCUCUCUCUCGAGUCCAACCAGCAGCCGCACAGCGGCGCAGGUUAUAGGCAGUGUUGUUACCAACAAAGACAAGGGAGACUGGAAUGGCCAUUUCUGGCUUAUUAGCCGUCGUCAGCCAGUCGUACUCAACCCCAAAGUGUGGAACACCUGGGGCUCGAACUCACCUCUAACCACUGGGCCACGGGCCCGUUGUCCUGUCGGUUUCAACCGGGAAUAUACAAUAAAAUUAUUUCCGGGUGAAAAUAAAAAGACUGCUAAUCACCGAGAAGACGGGCGAAUUUUUCCGAUGCUUCGAGCUCGAGUUAAUAAGCAAAGAGUAAUAUUUAUGCAGCGUAUACUGUUUGCUUAUAUCGAGCUAGUCCAUUCUUGUCAAUAGCUGCCCCGAUAUCUCUGCAGACGUUAACUUGUGCGUCCACCUGGUUGUCGAUAUACGCGAACAGGGGGUUCCAGGAGAGAGAGAGAGUUCAGAAGAAGAAGAAGAAGAAGAAGAAGAAGAAGAAGAAGAUGAUGAUGAUGAUGAUGAUGAUGAUGAUGAUGAUGAUGAUGAUGAUGAUGAUGAUGAAGUGGUCACUGGAACAAGAAGUUUAUUGGUCCGACGUUUCAGAUUCUCACUCGAGCCUAUCAUCAGAGACAGUCCCACAUAAGGGUAAUAGAGGUACAAAGACUGCAGUAUUUAUAGUAAACAGCUGUUGUGGAACCUCAGGCGUACUAUAACCAACAGCACUCGCAAUCACCACUAGGGGUCGUAAAUUAUGCGAUGAUGGAUCGCCAGGCCGCGUCCGAGUAGUUAAUCACUGCAAUUUCACCAUCAGUGUUGGAUGUUGGCGUGGUGAUUCCUCGGAAAUUUGGCUCUCUGUCACUGGGAUUGCCGCUCGCCCGCGCCCUCCCCAUGUGAUUGACUCCUCUGCCCAGGGAAUGCCUCCGUACCGAAUAAGGUAACUGGAGGUCAUUGCUCUUGUUUGUUGAUUGCAGCCCUGAGAACCAUUAUUAGAUCAGUACGCAGCUCACGCGGCUGUCACCUUUCGCGAGGAUUUCAUUGCCGCCUGAUGUUUCUCUAUCGUUCUUACCAAACUGCGGCUUCUUUUUCCCCGUAACACUGGAAGGGCAAUCUUCCUCUCCCGUAAUUAUACGUGGCUUUUGCGUUAGACGAACAUAGGGGUCAUGGUGACUGAGAGCAUGUGCUAGUCUUUAAACGCUGAGUCAACGGGAGUCCUAUACCAGUACCUUAGAUGAGCCCGACGCGUGUUAGACGGUGUCCGAUCUCGUCUCUCGUCUACCGGAAAACUUGGACAGGCCAUUGAUGUACGGAUCAGGGGAAAAUGGGGCUCAUACUGCAUACUUAUUUGUACCUGGUAAGGUUGCGACCAUGUCAGAUCUAGCCGGCCCCGAUAGUGUCGCGGACUGUAUUCCCCCACGCGUGACGAUGGCCAGCAGUAGAUUUGGACAGCCAAGCCCAUUCUCUUAGCCGAAUACGGAAGGUCCAAGAACUACUUCAAUACCAUGACGGGCUGCAUCGAGCCGGGUUUUGAUUUGACCCCCUCUUCGACACCUCUAAGCGGGGGAGGGUGCCGGUCGGGGGCAGCAACACUGAGCUCCUGAGGUGGACGACGAAGACUAUGCCUGAGCCACCUCAGUCGUCUUUUCCGGAUGGCCUGAGAUAUCCUUGCCAUGUCGCAGCAAGUGUGUGCUGUCUUAUUUGAGACGAAGUCUGUGUACUUCGCUCGGAGGAUGGCCUCCAAGCUGUGGUGAUCGAAUACCUCCAGUUUUCGCUCAUCUUCCAUGAGCACAGCCGCAUAUAAGGACUGACCAGACGGACUCAUAUUACACGCGACUCUUCGUAGCGAUAGAGAUGUCGUAUCUGGUCCAUAGACACUUUCGAAGGCUUAAGAAAACAGCUUCGAUUCGGGAGACAAUGAAGUCCUUAAUUUGUUCCAUGUAGCAUCUUCAAGUUGACAGCCACUAAUCUCGAAAGGUGCCUUUUCCUGGUCGGGGAUGCAGCUUGAAAACACUUUGGUCUUUCUAGUGUUUAUGGAUAAGCCGACGAACUUAUCGGUCCCAGCCAAAGCCCGGAGUUAGCAAAGCGAUACCAUAGGGAUGGCCGAGAUCCGUCAACCGGCGACCGGAUACAAACUCAACAUCAUCAACUUCGCGUAUGGCUUUCCCAAGAAUCCGACCAAUGACCUAGUUGAACUAAAUGGGCAACAGAAUGCAACCCUGCCGAAUGCCAGACUGAAUAUUAAACGGCUGGAAGAGACUGCUUUGGAUUAGGACUCGCGAGAUAAUUGAACGGUAGUAGGCCUUGAUCAGGGCGAAGAUUUUGGCCGGCAUCUCAUCUAGUUCAACACAGGGACUCACGAUGAAUGGGAUCGAAUGCAGCGCCGAAGUCAACAAAGCAGACGGCCGCCUGAUUUGGUAGCAAUGACGAAAUUCAUAUUGACCCUACUGUGAAAAACUCGGCGCCUCGGUGGGAUUCGAACCCAUGACAAUAAGAGGAAGGCUUUAGCGCAGCCAACACUCCAACCACCUGAGCUACGAGACCCCGCCGGACGACGCGAGUUUAAUCACAUUUGGGUCAAGUUAUCGGCCCAACCUACUGCAACGUCUGGAAUCCACGAAAUCUAAUACAGUAAGUUGACUGCCCAAGCAGGAUUUCCUAAGUAAUUCACCUAGAAUUUACCAGAUGACUACUAGGCUCCCGUAAUUCAUAGGUAUUUUGGCAGAUUUUGUAUAAUUCAUAUUGACCCAACUGCGUGGGUUUGAAUCCCACCGAGGCGCCGAGUUUUUCACAGUUGGGUCAAUAGGAAUUAUUCAAAAUCUGCCAAACUACCUAUGUAAAACUGAUGUGUUAUUUUACAAUAGGGACGGAGUCUGAUUUGUGCCAAAGACGUCUUCGUUCUGUAAGUGGGAACUGUUAGAAAAAGGGUUUUUUAGCUCCUUUGAGGAAACGAUUAUAAACAAAAGGAAGCCGCACAAAAUACUAGUAUAAUUUAUUGGUUGCUGCAUUUUUAUUGUUUCUCAUGCGAAUACCUGAUCACCUCCUGUAGUACAUCUUCCCCCUUUGAAAUCAAGGCCGCGAGAACUGCCCUCGCGUCAGUUUGGGUGCCCAAUCCCCAACCAGACCUGAUCCAGACAAACCACUGCGACGUGGAUGGCAGAAGACCUGAAACACGUACUUCAUUCGCUCACACCAGAUAAUUAUGUGUUCACUGAACCUAUCACUAUGCGUAAACAGUCGUGAUCUGGAAGGCUGCCAACGGACGACAUACAGUAGAUGCGUGUUAGAUGAAAGGUUAACCGAAAUUCUGAAAUGCGUUUCCGGCUAGAAAAGAUUACUUAACUGGGGUUGUAAUAUGAAACAAUAUGCAGCACAAUCCCCAUAAUAAUUCAGUUACUUCAGGGUAUCGACUUUUGAAUGAACUUCUUUCCGAUCGCCUGUAAAAACUGCACUCUGCAAAAAAUGACUGCUAAAGUAUCAUGCAUUUUUCCCAUUGGUUUUCGAUCCCCUUAUAAAUUCGAAUAUAUUUCAAAGAAAACAUGUAGAAAAAUAUUACUUAUUUUGCUCAUUUGGUGGAAUAAUCCGGCUUCCUCAAAUUUUAUGCCUAAAGAAAGAGUAUAAUUCGGUUUUAAGAAAGUUUCUAAUUAUAAGAUUUAUUAAAAAUGUGAAAUGCCCGUUCAUAAAUAUCAUGUUUCUGCAUUUGCCAAUGUUGCUUAUAAAGUUUACAAUAUGACUCAAAUCCACUGCUAAAUUUUAUGAACCACAUAUGGUCUCCCCUUAAUACCGUUUAGAAAUGUAUGAUUUUCUGUAUACUGAAAAUAUGCAUUCUGUAGUUUGGAAACCCUGAAUGCAAAUGUAACGCCAGGUCGGGUUCAGAAUUAUCUGGGAAUUGGAAGUUUUUUAAAAGCAAAUUAUACUCUUUCUUCAAAUAGAAGAUUUGAAGAAACGUAGUUUUCCACCAAAUAAUAAAAGGGAUGAAUAUUUCUGUACAUGUUUUUGAUGAAAUAUAUUUGAAUGGGAAAAAUGCAUGCUACUUAAGCAGUCAUUUUUUGCAGAGUGCAGUUUUUACAGACGGUCGGAAAGAAGUUCCUUUAAAAGCCGGAACCCUGAAAUAACUGAAUUAUUACGGAGAUCAUGCUGCACAGUGGUUACUAUUACAACCCUAGUUAAGUAACCUUUUCUAGCCGGAAACGCAUUUUAGGAUUUCGGUUAACAUUUCAUGAGUUAUCACAUCUACUGUAUGCAACUCGGUGCUACUCAGAAUUUCAAAUCGAAUUGAAAUUGCGCAUUCCAAACAUGGCUUUUAUUGUUUCCUCCCCUACGUGAGAUUUGUAACCCCCUGACUGUGUCCCGCUACUUGCGGACUUUGGAGUCGGGGUCGCGUGCGGUACACCGUUGCAGCCUGAUGUCGAUGUCGACCCCUCUACGACCUCCUCUAGCUAAUCAAAAUUGGUGCCCUUGUUUCGCACGUGUUUCUCAGUGGCUUCACGUCUACUCAACCAUCGCACCUGAUUUUAUCGCCAGUCAUCCGAGGGUGGUGGAUGUGGAAAGAGGGAAUGAGGUCAAUGCUGUCCAAGUCCUGCACAUGUCUCGGUUUGCGUUCUCCUCGAGGUACAGCAGCGGACCUCCUCACAUGCGGUGGUCAAACUACAGUGCCGGGUAAGUGCGUACUGUCGGUCCUAAUACGACUUCUUGUCAUUUCCUGCGUGCUUUAGAUGUCAGCUUGCGCCUGGCACGCAAUAUACGGAGGCCUUAAUGGCAUCAAUCUCCGCCUUCGAUCUCAUCAUCGAUUGGCUUAAGUCCAACGGGCCGCUAAUGCGUGGGAUAGGCAAGGGAGGAGAGUGACUUCCACUCAACAGUUAGUUGUCCCUUUAUAAAUAAUCAAACACACUUCUAAAUCAUCACGGUGUGCAGGUUGUCGUGAUGUUUAGGACUAUGAUCUGGCGUUGCAAAUCGGUUUGCCUCCAGAUGUAGGGUUAGGCUUCAAUGACCCCUCAACAGCCUCGUCUAGCUAAUCAAAAUUAGUGUCCUUGGUUCUCAGUGGCUUUACAUCUAUUCAACCAUUGCACCUGAUUUUAUCUCCAGCCGACUUGAUUCGGAAAGUCACUGACGCGCAGUAAGAGAGAGAGAGAGAGGAGGAGAAAAGAGUGGACAAACUUACGUUCUAGCCAUAAAUCACCAACUGCACCCUAAAUCUUUCCCUAAACUCCCGCAUUCUUGGUUUAGAAGGUUAACAGCCGACGAGGUAACUUUUCUCUGCUCAGAAUUCACAUUUGUAUGAGGUCGGGAAUCCAUUAUGGAAACCCGGUGCGUGUAAAGUUAGGAGUGGCCAGCGUGUGACACGCGCUUCUGAUUUCUCGAUGGAGCGCUUCUAAGUUAUGUUUAAUGUCCACAAACCGGGAGUACCCAUACGCACUAUCGUCUCCUUACGUAGCGUUCCAAAUUUCGAGUCGUCAGUGACUUCGUUUACUUACAAAGGAUUCACAGUUGAAAGUAGAGUCGGCGGAGUUGCAUCUGUCACGCAUUAAAAAGCUCAAAGCUUAUGGUAUCACCCGCACUAGCUGUCAACAAUCUUGACGGCCGUGUCGGGUUAAGUAUGAUGAGACUGAACAAAAGUUCAAAGUAGUACAUAUUGUCGAGCUUCUAGAAUUGUUUAUAAGGACGUUCUUCAUAUUCAACAGCCAGACAUACGAGCACGCUAAGGGCAGACCGAUGGGUCAGCGUCUGUCUGUAUUAGGUUUCGAAACUGUUUUCCUGGGGUUCAAGCAACUGAUCUUCAUGUUUAAUCCCCACCCCAUAGUCCUGGGUCAGAUGCGUUGACGAUACGUCCCUGCUAAUCAGACAGAGCUUCGUGUAGAUCUUCAAGGCAUUGCUGAAUUCAAUCUUUGCCGGGAUCAUUCUAAUACGAGGAGAGAACCCGUAGCUACUGACGACCUAAAGUUUAUCUCGGCGAAGCUCGCAUGCUGGCAUCUCAUUCGUGCAGACGAUGUGAAAGCAGGUAAAAUGGAGGUAAGACAGUUGAUAUGUGAACCAACCGAGUAAGACCGCAUGCAAAAGCCGUCGCUUUCAAUGGACGGACUGACAGAGGAGGGGUUCCUACAUUGCCGAUUGAUCCUUUCGCUCCAUUUGGUGUAUGCCGCUCCUUGGAACUUUUUUUACCAAACUGAUAAUCAAAGAGGGCAAAAGGAAUGCAACAAGGACAAGUCAAGGACUCCGUACAGACCUUUCGGAUUUCUGCAUGGAUUCCUUAUCAGCGGGCACAGAAUCAGCCCUCGACGUGGACCUGGGACAAGUGCAUGAACAAGAGAGAUAGAGGGAGAUACGCUUUAUUUUGAAGUAUCAUUCUGACAUUUUCAACAAAAACGGCUCCAUUCACAGUGAACAGAAAUCGGUACGUAAAGCAGAUAACACCAGACGACCAAAAGCGAUAUUUAAUGGCUGAAAACUGCAGCUGUGUGCAUUACAAAUACUCGCCGGUAAAUGAGUCUCUAAAUUCGCGUCAGAUUUGACUUCCUUCGAAACGGUAGUAGCGUAAUGUGCAGAUGACUUCAUUAUUGUAGCUCAGGCAAAUAAGAGGGAUAAAAUCGGUAUAUAAUGAGCAAAAUAGGCCAACAGCUGCACACAUGUACGAAAAUUCCCAUGGGCAUGGCGGGCAGAAAAAAUGGCGGCUCAAUUUCAAAAGCCCACCAGGGAUAACUGCCUUCGCCGAAUCUGAGAAGAUGAGUGGCAUCCAGGCAGGCAAAGUAUUCUGCAAAGGAUGACCAACGUGAUCCGAGGAAUGUACCGAUUAGUGCGACGGUGUUAUCUUUUUGGUCUAUAAUGCCCCGCUGAUUUGCUCAUAUCCAUGAACAGGUGCGACAGGUGUGCGGCUGGAGCGAUGCCAACAAAUGACCAAAAUAUCAACCAGACGUGACCCACUGCCAAUUUUUAAGAAAACAAAAGAUUGUUGAAAAUUAUGGGCAUUUUUUAAAGACAAGCAACUAUAGGUAACAGACCAUAAGAGUAGGAAAGGAGGACAAUGAUCGAGCAUCGGGACCACUUGUUCAUUUUUUGAGAUUCCAAAAUCGUGUAAAGGCCUAUCAUGGGAGGCGCCAAUAGGAACAAAGCAAGUGGUAUUUAUAGGGGGGGGGGCGUAUGGACCAAUAAAAGACCAGUGUAGCAGGUCCGGAGGCGGCUGCUCAGGGCUCUAUAGGCGGGCGAGAGGUCGAUACGUCGAUCGAUUGAGUUCUCGUUAUAGGCCCGGACUUCAAUGAACUCUCGGCCUCUCGCGUGCGCAUUUACCCUGGCGGCUGCGAAAUUGAACUCAUGACGCAUUUCGACGGUAUGCGAAUCCACUUGUGA